AAUAACCCCGAUGACGACAGCAACACCAAAUACAACAACAGUGAUAACACAGGUGAGGAGCUUGUCCUUUACCAUGGACUUGACUUUUGAUUCUUCAUACAAUAACCCAAACAACAUCAUUUACCAAGACUCUUUUAACUCUAUUGAAAGACAAAGUAAUACGCACAUCUCAACUUUUACAGCAGUAGCGUCCAUUAGGUUCCGGAGCGGGAGCACCAUCUGUGACUAUGCUGUUAGUGCAACUUCUUUUCAAGAAAUGGAAAUAAAAGCUUUAGAAGCAGGGAUAUUUACAGAGCUGUCAGAAAAAUAUCCAAUUCUGUUUGACAGCCCAACGCCCUUAGAGUUUGUCCCACCUCAAGUACUUUCUGGGAAUAGACUAACUAUAACUUGUGGCCCACCACCAGAGAAUCUCAAUUUUGGUGACAACUUCGUUGCAGAGUGGAGACGUGACAAUGACUUAAUUCGCCAAGAUGAUCAACAUGUGUUUUCAAAUGGAGGACAAACGCUAACUGUGUUAAAUUUCUUUAGCACCGACAAUGGAGGUUAUGAAUGUAAGCUGAGAAGAGGAGACAAUUCAGCUUUCAGGCAGAGAUUCAACGGAGUAUUCAAACUCCAAGAGAGACCCUUGAUCCAAGUGUCACCAGUCAGACAAAUUGUUCAAUGUGAAAAUGGAAAGGAAGUUCCACUGACGUGCUCUGUCAACAGCCCCUACGAGGUUGAGUUUAAAGGCACAUCCACUGCAGGCACAGGGAAGAUCAUCCAUCAGUUUCCAAUCGACUGUGCAAAGACAGAAGAGAUUAUCACUUGUCAAGUGAAAAACUUUAGAGACUUUAGCAGAGAUAUAACACUGGCGUUAUCCACAGAGAAUUCAUUUCGAUGUGAUGAUCCCGUCUUUGGUGUCGGAAAUGAAGGUGACGAGGCUCUGGCUCCCUGCGAAGUGAACGAGGUGGGAGAAAAGACAGUAGCUUGUGAAGGAGAUGGUGAAUGGAGAGAAAAGAGAGACGACUGCGUCCUAGAAGCGGUUCAGAAGCUGCUCGACCAAGCUAAGUUCUUGAAUAACAAUUCACUGCCAAAUUUCUUGAGUCAACUCAGCAAUGUCACUCUCAACUCCACUGAGGACGUGGUUGACUCUCCUGCAACCAUUAAUGCCAUUGUUGAAAUACUCAGCACUGUAGCCAACUUGAGUAUCCCAAUAACUAGGACUUCAAUGGAGGAUAUCCUUUUAACUACAGGUGUCCUCACCACAGAUGAAGCGCAGGAAUCAUGGAACUUUCUAAACACCAAUGACACCAGAAACAUCUCAACAACCACAGCUAGAAGCGUCAGCUCAACAUUCUUGCUGUCUCUUGAGGAUAUAACAAGUAGCCUUACCAAUGACUCUUUUGACAUUGACACACCUUUUAUUCUCCUGAACAAAAUUACAUUCACAGACACUUUCAAUGCUGAGUUUAAUUCUUCAGUGGAGACGAACAUACUAGAGUCUGAUGGAGGAAUAAAGUCCAUCACUGUGAUAACAUUUGCCUCAAUGGAUAACGUACUCCCUGCAAGAGAUCAAGACAAUUCAUCCUUCAACGUCAUCAAUGGGAGAGUUGUACUUGUUCAGUCCAAUGUCACCAUCAAUAAUGUUUCGUUCACAUUUGACAUUAUUAAUGAUACUCUGAGGAAUCCUCAGUGUGUUUUCUGGAACUUCAGCCUCUUUGAUGGUCUUGGGGGAUGGGACGGCGAGGGCUGCGAGUUGGUGCGCGACACAAACCAAACCGUCACCUGCAACUGCAACCACCUGACCUCGUUCUCUAUCCUCAUGUCACCCUUCGUUCCAGAUGAUCCUGUGUUGGAUUUCAUAACCUACAUUGGAGUUGGCAUAUCUAUGGGUUCCUUGGUCCUAUGCCUCAUAAUUGAAACAGUCAUAUGGAGAAAAAUAAGGAAGAAUAACACAUCUUACUUACGUCAUGUUUCCAUCGUUAACAUCUCCGUGUCUCUCCUGAUUGCUAACAUUUGGUUUAUUAUUGGGGCAGCCAUUUCAGAUGCAGAUGAGAAAAAUGUAGCCGCAUGCAAUGCGGCUACAUUUUUUGUCCAUUUUUUCUACCUAGCCCUGUUCUUCUGGAUGUUAGCCUCGGCUCUGUUGUUGUUCUACCGCACAGUCAGUGUCUUUGAUGGGGGAUUGUCCAAAAAAUCUCUGCUGGCUAUUGGAUUUUGUCUAGGCUACGGGGCACCUCUCCUCAUCGUGAUCAUAACUAUAGCUGUAACCGCACCCAAAGAAGAGUACAUCAGACAAAUUGGAUGCUGGCUCAACUUUGACGAGUCCAGAGCUCUGCUGGCCUUUGUGAUCCCUGUACUUUUAAUAGUGGUGAUUAACUUUCUGAUCCUGUUGGUGGUGAUGUAUAAAAUGUUGAGGAGAAGGGUAGUGGGAGACGCUGCGCAAGCAGCUGAGAGGCACGUUCUGGUGGUUAUUGUCAGGAGUUUGGCUGUCCUUACGCCAUUUUUUGGAUUAACUUGGGGUCUGGGAGUUGGAACCGUGACCGACCCAAGAAAUAGAGGGAUCCAUGUUUCAUUCGCAUUCUUCAAUUCACUGCAGGGUUUCUUCAUAUUGGUCUUUGGAACGCUACUGGACAAAAAGGUGCGGUCAGAAAUAACAAUAAAGUCACUAACCGGGACAACGACCUCCAGUACUGGAAUCUCAUCAUCAGGUGGACUGGCCUUUCUCCGGAACUGGAGAAGAGAUGGUUACAAUGUGUCAUCUAGUGCCACCGGUUUGUCUCAGUCCUUCACCGACACUUGAUGAUCUUUGCAAACAGCUCUGGUCAGUCACAAUGACAACCAACCAAGCAAACCAGCUGUUUCACAACGUUUUUUUUUUCUUCUUUCUUUCUUCAUUGCAGAAAGAAAAAUAAUAUUUAUUAGUAUUACAUAUUGUAUGUGUGAUGUAUAGUAUCAAUUUGUGUGUGUGCAGUAUAUUGAGAGAUUCCACUUACUUGCGCUUACUUAAAAUAAAACAAAAAAUGUGGACAUUUAAAAUUAUUCAUUAUUCAUCGCAUCGUGUUCCAACAACAAAAUGUCCACAAGAUGCAAAAUGGCUCUUGGUUUUGGUUUACUUUGCCAAUCAAAUCAGUUAGGCCAGGCAAGGCUGUCUUACACAGAUCAGUGAACUUGUUUGCUCAAGGUGUGGCAUCACAAUGACAAAUUGACUUGGAUAAGACUAUCAGUCAAAUAUAGUUCCAAACAGGUAAAGGGGAGUUCCAGCAAUUACCCAAAGACAAUGUGAAAAAAGCUAAAUGUCUUUUUAAAUAUGGAGCCUCUGCUGCUAUUAUAGCUUUAGCUUAGCAACAGGAAGAAAAAAAUCACACAGACGGCCACUUUCCACUCUUCUCUUCUCCCAGAUCUCAACAUAGUUGUGUCCCACUGCAUGUACAGUAAAGUAUACUGAGGAGACCCUCAACCCAGUUUAACAUCAUCUGCUGUUUUUGGCAGUAUUGUUUUUGCAUAUCCAUAAAACCAAUAGAACUACAUAUACACUGAUCAGCCUUAACAUUAUGACCACCUGCUUAAUAUUGAGUAGGUCCCCCUUUUGCCGCCGAAACAGCCCUGACCCGUCGAGGCAUGGA